UGGACAGCUAACUCAUUAUGCUGAUGUACUUUUUAAUCAAACCAAAAUGCUUACUUAAUCAAAUUAGUUGAGCUUCUUUACGAUUUAUCCUCACAGCCCCUGGCAAACUGGAUAAGUACCCCUUCGGGAAAAGCACCCCUGGUAGGGAAUCAGAGUUUUUGUUGACUUAAGGAAGCAGAUUACGCAACUGAUCCCUGCUCCUUCUUGUAUAUUCUGGCUGAGCUCGACUGGGAAAUGAUGCUGUUCAGCUGACUCCUGUUUCACUGGGGGUUUUUUUUUUCUUAAAUCCUGUGCAACCACAAGUACGCAUUAGUUUUUAUUUGUCUCUGCCUCAUCCUCCCCGUUACUCAGAGUGACAUGCACUGUAAACUGUAACUCUGUGGAUGUGCAAGAUGUUUACAGCUUCACGGCACAAGAACAAGCAGCGUCUCAGGUUUAUCUCUGCUGCUUCCUCUCUGUGUCUAGAGCGCUGUUAGUGACAGGGGGCUUAUGUGUGGGGGCGGGGUCAAAGAGGCUCAGGCUGUGGGAUUAACAUUGUAGUCUGCACACACACACACAUGCAUAUACACACAGAGACACACACAUGCAAGUACACUUACACGUACACACAAUUUAGGCUGGAUUGGACGACUGCAGAGUUUUUAAGCAUUAUCAGCCCCGCCCCCACCUUCAUACACUCUCAUCCUGAGCAAAGGGCUUUAAGCUCUGUCAUACACAACUGCACAUCACAGAUUGUACCCUGCGACCACCAAGGAAACGUGAGAGGAUCUAAACACCAAGACCCUCAUCUCCUGCUGCAGAUGCUGUAAUACCAUUUGGAUGCUCUGAAAAAACAAAAGGCGGCUAAAAUACCAGAAAGGCUGAUCUUGUGUGUGUGUGUGUGUGUGUGUGUCUGUGUGCGACAUAAGUGGAGCAAAAGAGAUGAAAUCUUAGUGGACGUCAACGCCAACAGAUCAAAAUUAGAUGGAGGGAGAGCAGGCCCGUCUGAUGGGAGCAAGAGGAGGGACAAGGACUGAAAAAGUAUGCUCGCGAGAGGAGAGGAAGAGGAGGAAGAAGUCUGUAGGGGUGGAGGAAGGCCCUGCUGGCCUGCAGAAGCACCGUGACUGCUCUUCAGCUUCCAGCAUCUCCCAUGACGACCGCAGCUCGGCCAGCGGCCUGGAUGUGGCCGAUCGGCUGACAUAUCUCGAGCAGAGGAUGCAGAUGCAAGAAGAUGAAGUCCAGCUGCUGAAGAUGGCUCUGGCUGACGUCCUGAAGAGACUCAACAUUUCUGAGGAGCACCAAGCAGCUGCUGCUGCCGCUGCGGCUGGCAGGAGAGCACCGGGGGCCAAAGCCAGGCCAGUGUCUCUGGCUCUGCCCUCCAGAGCCCCCAUGGUGACCCCCAGCACAGCUUCUCUGAAGAAGAGCACCACGCUGCCCUCCAGCACCACAGCCAGGAACUACAGCCCAACACCACCCCGAAGUGGUGUGAGGAGCCCACCUGGUAGCGUGAAAGACAGUCCGUGUAAGACCACUAGAACACGACCCGCCUCUGCAGCCUCGAGCAGCAAGAAAGUUCAGGACAGCGGCAAACCCAGAGAGGCUGCAGUGAAUGUAGGGACCAGGCGUGUGACACACUGCAAAGUGACUAUGCAGAUCUAUCUGAGCCCCCUCACAAGAAAGACUGGGUCUUCUGAAGCAGCCAAGUCCGCUUCUGCGGUGCCCGCCCACAGCGUGCCCGCGCCCGCUCCUAAUCGCCCUCAGGCGAAGGGGAACGGCAAGCCAGAGGCGAGGAAAGCAACCCCAUCCUUCACCUUAAACCUCCAGAAGACCUCAAGCGGCCAGAGCGCAACGCAUGACACGUCCAGCUACAAGAGCCCCAUCAAAUCACCCAGCCAGUACUUUCAGAUUUGUUACUGACACGCAGGUGGACCACAGAGGACGACAGCUGCAGUCUUCUUCUUCACUUUUAAUGCACAAAUAGGGAAAAGUGUGGACAAUUUAUUUUUUCCAUCCCUGCUGCUGAGUGUACUAAAACCCUAAAACAAAUAUGUGAAAGCCUCAAUGAACCACUUGAAACUACAAAUACAGGUUUUGUUGCAAUUCAGCAAUUGGGACUUAUUUCUGAGGAUAGAGUGAAAGCUUUGAUGCAUUUGUAGCCACACCGCACAGCAUAGCAAUAGCUCCAUUUGUCGCACGCUGGUACCUGCACAGCGCUUCACCAAAGGCCUGUGUCCACCGCUAAUGUUUGUCUCUGUCACGCUGCGUGAGAAGUUGCCGAGUGCGUGGGCACCGAGUGUGCGAUGUAAGAGGGGGGCUGGUUUUUUGUUGUUGUUGUUGUAACUCGAUGUGUGCCAGCAAGUCUGUUUGCUGUGAUGUUUUCGGUUUCGUAGCUGAUGUCCCACCUUAGAUCCCACCUUAGAUUAUUUACAGUGUGUACCCAGAAAGUCUCAUUUUAAAUCAGGAGAAACAAUAAAAACAAACACUGUGAAAACA